AUGGGACGUCGAAAGAUUGAAAUAAAGAAGAUUGAGGACAAAGACAAGCGUCACGUGUGCUUCUCGAAGCGUCGGAACGGCCUCAUGAAGAAGGCCAGCGAGCUGUCCAUCCUAUGCGGUGCUGAGAUUGCCGUGAUUGUCUUCUCCCCCGCCGGAAAAUCCUACUCAUUCGGCAGCCCCUCCGUGCACUCCGUUGUCCACCGCUUUCUCAAUGUGUCGUCUCCGUCUUCUUCCCUCCCCAGCCCGCGGACGUCGGAUGCGGACCCUGCGACCCACCAAUCCAGCACCAUGCGUGAGAUCAACCAGCAGCACGACGGACUCUUCCAGCAGGUCGAGAAGGAGAGCAAACGUCUGCAGGACAAGACAUGCAAUGAGCAGGCGAUCGACGGCUGGGAUGCAGACAUGAACAACCUCGACCGCGACCUACUGGACGACCUGCUUCCGGCCAUGGAGGAGUUGAAAUCGACGCUAACGGGGCUCGACGAGGAGCUCAUGCUCAGGAUGCCUAGUAACACCCGCAUUGGAUUUGAUGCCGGAUUGACUGCCCUUCCCCCUCCUCCUCCCCCUGCUUUCGAGCAUCUAGCCUCUUCCUUUAUCAGUACUAGUGGCUAUGGGUUUAAGGCUAAUGAUGGCAACCCAAUGUACUUGCCAAUGUUCGAACCGGCCAACUUCGAUCAUGGCUUCACCACCGGUGGCCUUAACAGCCAGAUCGACAUCGGGAGCUCCUUCUCCAGCGAAGAAGAUGAUGCCUACACCAUUGAUCUCUCCGAUUUUAAUACUGAUGAUUGCAUCCCCUCGUGUUUGCCAAUGUCCAAACAGGCCAACCCCAAUCUCGGCUUCACCACCGGUGGCCUUAACGGUCAGAUCGACAUUGGGAGCUCUUUCUAUGAUGCCUGCACCCUUGGUCUCUCCCACUUGGGUUAUGAUGAUGAUAGUAUGAAUUAUGAGUUUUAG